AUGCGGCUCCUCAAUGUCUUCACGAUGAAAUUGGAGGAAUACUUUGGAUCUCAAAUACCAGGAUAUGACAUUCUAUCGCACUGUUGGGGAACAGAAGAGAUUACAUUUGGAGACAUCAACGGAUCGACUUGGCGUGAAAAAGAUGGAGCCUUAAAAAUUGUUAACGCCAGCUUUCAGUGUCGGAGUCGAGCUAAUCACCAAAGGAGGUAUAUCUGGAUCGACACCUGUUGCAUCGACAAGAGUAGUAGUGCCGAGCUCUCCGAGGCUAUCAACUCUAUGUAUAACUGGUACAAACGGUCAGUUGUCUGCUUUGCCUACCUGGGGGAUGUGGACAAGGAUGUCGAGGAUGAAAUAAGGAAGAGCAGAUGGUUCACCAGAGGUUGGACGCUCCAAGAGUUGGUCGCCCCUAAAGAAGUCAUAUUCUUCGACAAGAAUUGGAACUACCUUGGAGACAAAAACACUUUAUCAACACUUCUUUCUCAAAUUACCACAAUUCCAGAAGCAGUCCUGGCCAACCCUCCUCGACACAGAUCCUGUAGCCUGGCGAGAAAAAUGUCUUGGGCAGCCGGUAGAGAAACGACUAGAGAGGAAGACAUAGCUUAUUGCCUUCUUGGAUUAUUCGAAGUAAACAUGCCUUUGCUUUAUGGAGAAGGUGCGAGAGCAUUUAUCAGGCUGCAGGAAGAGAUCAUCAAGGAAACGGAUGAUCAGUCACUCUUUGCUUGG